AUUUUGACCUCACCCCCUCGGAGCCUUACUCCGCCAGUUUUGGCCGCAGAGACCCGUGCUUGGGCUCAUUAGAAUCGGAAAAACAAGACCUACCGAUUGGCUCCAAGGGUUUUUCCAAAUUCGGUUUAGGGAAAGAUAUUGUAAUUAUUGCCAAUAACUUUUAAUAAAUAAUAAAAUAUUAAUAAUCCACAUCACAGUUCUAGAGGUUAACUAUAUACUACUAAGAAUUUCUUUAAGUUUGCGCACGAAAUCGUCGAUUUUUAGUAGCCACAAUGUCAGGUAACACAACACCAACUAAAGUAAACCUCUUCGAGGACAACAUCUCAGCGGGGACCCCGGAGACCAUCGAGGAAGGGAGGACCGAGUCAUCAUUACAAACUCCCCUUAAAACCCCACAAAACCCAAAAAUCAAGGCAGGACCCAGCAUCGGCAAAAGGAUAUCCUACACUCCGGUCCCAGCCGCCAAACACCGGGCGGCUGCCACUAAACCUAAAAGACUUAGUGGCAAUAAGGGACCGAGCAACCUUUGCCGGAGUAUCGCCCAAGCGAAGGGCAUUACAAAGCGUAUACACACGGGAGGGUUACGGAGGGCAGUCUCCAUAAAGAAUGCGCAAUCCGUCGCAAGGAAGAUGUCCGUGGACGAGACGCGCGACCUUGUGGCAGACGAAUCCCUCUGUGACCCCCACACACCACACAAAAAAAACACGCACACAACAGACAAAUCACACCACAGUCCCCCUGAAGCCGGUCAAGAUACGGCCCAAAAGGCUCACAUCGAGGACCCACAACCGUCCACCAGCGCCUCCCCGACGCACGCUAAAAAUGACUUUUACGGCAUCGUUGUCUCGACCACCCCCGUGAAGUCACCUAGAAAGUCCCCAUCACCAUCUAGGGAACUUGAAGCAGCACAUGACGAGCAGGAGGCGCUCACGGACGAAGACUGGACGGACAUCGAGAGUGUGGCCAGUGGAAGGGAGAGCCUUCUUCCUCCCGUUAUUGGGAAGCACACCGGUGUCUGUAAGGACCUCGCUACAGCCAGGGCCCGGGAAUACCUCAUGGCCGGCAAGGGGGCCAUAGAGUCAGCAAACAAUUUAAAAAGAGAGAUCCGGGCGAUCGCUGUGGAACAACUAUCAAACCUCUACGAAAUGGUGCUAUCUCUUGCUGACUCAAGAAACAGGCACAAGCUCCUCAGAGAGGAGGAAAAGUGCAGGUCAGCCAGGGAAAUGGUCAGGGUGGAACGCGCCCACAACAAACAACUCGUGGAAGAAAGACAGCGCUCCGAGGUGCUGCUGCGCGAGGCAAGGGAAGCCUGGACCGGUACCCAUAAGGCGGUAACGGGGGUUCAAAGUUGGUUGAACUUUGAGAUGGACGGCUUUAUGAAGACCAUAAAAGCCGUCCAUAUCGAAGCAAAAGAGGUGACACCUCCAACGAACAAAACCAGCGAAGGACCCCAAAAAACUACGCAGGAUACAUCCAUGGCGACCACUGCAAACGAACACCUACAUCCUGACCUCAGACCGGCUCUGGAGGAGAUAAAAUUAAAACUCGGGGACCUGGCCAAUGAGAUCCACUAUAUGAAGAUGGACGCCCAGACUCCACCUACAGGGCACCCAUCUCCAAAAUCCCCACCCCCAGAGACCCCCCGUACCGGAAUUACUGAGGAUCUCCAAUUGAUCAACCGGGAGAUCUCCGUGCUCAAGGGCGAGCUUCAAGAAAUAGCAACUUGGCUCCGCAGCACGAGACCAGUAACAGAGGAAACCAUACGGGAGGUAAUUAGGGAGGAGACAGUGGGACUUAAAGCCAGGUCCCACGACAUUAUAAAAGAACUUGAGGAAGUUAAGGACCAAAUACACACGAGCGGCCCAAUAACAUCGGGGCAGCUUGGAAUUGGAGCCGAGCUGGCCAUCUCCGACACGGCCACACAUCUGGAGGAAAUUAUAACUCCCCUUAGGGCAGAUGUGGCAGAGAUGGCCAGCCAAUCAAAGGCCCUAAAUUCUAACUUGGUGUGGAUUAACUCCGCCCUCAAAAAUAAAAAUAAAUCGGCGCUCACACCUCUAAGCACCACCACCACCUACGCAUCUGUCGCGGCCCGCCCCAAACCUAAGGCGAAACAUACGAUCAUAGUGACGUCCAAGGAUCCCAAUAACACCGGGGACAACGUCAUAGAGACGAUACGGACGUCGCUGGACUUCAAAGGUACGGGCAUCCAAGUCGACAAAGUGCGUAAGGGUAAAAACCGUAAAGUGGUGCUGAGCAUGGGGAAUGAGGAGAGCGCCAAAGAGGUAAAGUCCCAGCUUGAUCGCCUAGGAAACGACUUAGAAGUAGUUAGUGGAAAACUAAUAAACCCGCUGGUAAGACUAAAAAAUGUUAUGGCCUACCACAGCGAUAAGGAGCUGUUAGAGAUCCUGGAGGCCCAAAACAAAAACACCUUUGAGGGCCUAGCACUGGACGAAAAGAAAAUGACGGUGCGCUACCGUAAAAAGGCACGCAACAACCUCCAGUGCCACCCAGUGCUGGAGGUGUCGCCUGUACUACAUAAGCGGUUGGUGGAGGUGGGUCUGGUCCAUAUUGGUCUGGGCAGAGCUGCAGUGGAGGACCAAUCACCCCUCGUACAGUGCGCCAAAUGUCUCGGCUUUGGACACACAAAACCCAUGUGCAAAGAUGAGAAUCAGAGCUGUAACUAUUGCGGCGAAUCUCAUUCUUGGCAGGAAUGUCCAGCCAGGGAGGCCAAGAAACCACCCACCUGCAAAAACUGCUUAAAAAAGAAGGGCGACACCUCCAGUAUUGAGCCCCACAUAGCCUACAGCGACUUAUGUCCUGAAAGACAAAUGUGGGACAACAUAGCGCGGUCCAGGGUCGCGUACUGCUAACGCAACAGUUCAACAGGGGAACGUCCACCAAAGUAAUCACGGGCACACAAGACUCCACUUCAUCCAAGCCAACCUGCAAAGAUCAAAACAGGCAACGGCCGAGCUUCUGAAAGCGGCUGAGGACAACGGAACCGCGGUAGCUAUUGUCCAGGAACCAUAUGUGGGAUCCUCUGGCAUAGUCAAACAAGUUCCCGGCACAACAGUAAUC